CCCAUUGACCUUAACGAAAUCAAAGGAAAACGUUUGGAUGAGUCUCUUUGGGAGAGUGGCGAUGCUAUAGUCUACGAGUACCGUUCACUGGACACUUGGACUGUGGACAUGACCUCUUUGGAACUCGCCAAGAGGACGCGUACGGCACCUACUACCAGUAGCGCUCCAACUUUCUUUAAUACAGAAGCAUUUAAAGCAAAGUAUAAUUCGUCUGCUCAUAAUGCUAUCAAGCCCAUAUCACCCGGCACUGGAUUCACACCUACCAGCUCACACAGCACAACGAAUGGCGUGUACCAGGAUGAAUUGAAUCCCACCAACCCUUUGGGAAUGAAAGGAGCGAUUGCCGAGUCGUUUGGAAAUGUCUUGGACAAAUUGUGGCAUCCAAUCAGUUAUGCAUUUGCACCACGCGAAUUCAAACUUCAACUGCAACACUUUGCUCCUCAAUUUAGUGGUUAUGCACAGCACGAUACCCAAGAGUUCCUAGCCUUUCUUCUUGAUGGCCUGCACGAAGAUCUUAAUCGUGUUCUCAAAAAGCCCUAUGUUGAAAAUCCGGAUUGGAACGGAGGCGGCGACAAAGAACUCGUACAACAUGCGACUACCGCCUGGGAAGGCUAUAAGAAGCGUAACGACAGUGUUAUAGUCGAUCUCUUCCAGGGACAAUAUAAGAGCACUCUUGUUUGUCCCGAAUGUGAAAAGCAAAUAUGCAUAGAAGUCUUUGGUCACAAAAUCUACAGAGACUAUGAAGAUCAUAAUCCCCUUGGGGACAUUACUGAUAGGGAUGUUAUAGUGCUCUACGAAUUGCCUUGUCCAGCUCGUGGCAGUCAAUCAACCAACAACAGUCCUCCAGAGUUCAUCCCCGUUGUCGUUUAUCAUUCCAACGGUAAUUCCAGAACAUAUGCGCCGGACCUAUUCGGCAUCCCCCUCUAUAUCGCCUUUACCCACGAAGAAGCAUGCAGCGAACAAGCCAUCUAUGCGAAGCUAGUUCAACAUUAUGCUCCGUGGACUGUGCAUGCCGAACAGCUAUAUAAACGGCGUGUAGAGAUUCCCGAAGCUACAAACGCCACUCCCGAUGCUUCAUCCGAGGAACAGGCGGGCGAAGAGCAGGCAGAACAGGAUGUCGUAGAUAUGAAGCCUGGCGUCGAGGAGGACGCCGAUAUGCUCCCUAAAUCUGAGAAUGCCUCCGAGCAAGGGGAGACAAUCACUAAUUUAGGACCACAAGAUAAUCUAUUUACUAUCAAGGUCUAUCCUCCUCCUACGCAGUACAGCAAGUAUGGUAUGACUACCAGCCUCUUGAAUGACCCCCUCCGCGGCCUGGGCGAAUCCUUGGCCACUCGUGCUACUACCAAGAAAAAGUGGACUCCAUUUGGAUGGUCACCUUCCGCAAAUGAAGAAUCGGAAGCCCAGCCAGCUGUACAGCUUCUCAACCCUGAAGAUUCGAUCCUUUGUGAAUGGGAUGGUAAUAUGGUGGACUUCUACUUCGGCCCGAUGAGAAGGGGUUAUAAAGUAGAUGACCAAAAUCUAUGGGAACAAUGGGAUACAUUUGAACAUCCAGACUAUAUCGCUGCAACUAGAGCGCGUAAGGCAACUAAAGAGCGGGGCAUCUCGCUCGAGGACUGCCUGGACGAAUUCACCAAAGAAGAAAUGCUUGGAGAGGACGACCUCUGGUACUGCCCAAGGUGCAAAAAGCAUCAACAAGCGACUAAAAAGUUCGAACUUUGGAAGGUACCAGAUAUCCUGGUGGUACACCUCAAGCGCUUCAGCAACUCCCGGUUCUUGCGUGACAAGAUUGAUGCCCUCAUCGACUUCCCAAUUGAAGACCUGGACCUUACUGAACGAGUUGAGGAGAGGCUGGUCAUUAAAAAAUGGAUAGAAGAGGGAAAAGACCUCGAAGAACUAGGUGCCACGGAUACCAACACCUCUGAACCGCUAGUCUAUGACCUUUUCGCCGUUGACGAGCAUCUUGGAGGUCUGGGUGGUGGGCACUAUCGGGCGUACGCCAAGAAUUUCGAGGAUGAUACUUGGUAUCACUUCGACGACACUCAUGUCAGCGCAAGUAAGGCCAGAGAUUCCGUUAACCGCAACGCCUACGUCUUAUUCUACCGCCGGAAAGUGGAUAGACCACUGGGUGGGGUCACGCAUGAGAAAGUGGAAGCGUACAAGAGUAAAAUGAGCUCAAAGCCAGAAGGGGAUGAGGAAGUCACGAUGAACGACGGUGUUAAUGGAGCUCCGACGUCCAAGUCUGAGCAACCUGUGGAAAUGGAGUACCGAUCCUUCAAUACUCGCGCGCUCUCCCCUGACCAUUCACCAUUAGACCACAAAGACUACUUCAAUGACUAUGAGGGCUCUAGCUCUCGCAUCCUUCCCGACUUAGAUAUGGAUCCGUUUGGCCAUAGCUCAAGCCCUCCCCCAUUUGAGGAUACGUUAUCUGAUACCAUGUUGAACGAUUUCCGGUUGAACUACACACAACCCUACGUACGAAAUGGUGCAUCUUCUUCCAACGAAGCUAAUUCACCGGCAUCGUCACCUGAUGCUGGUGCUCUGCAUGGACCGUGGCCCCCUGAGGAUGACACAAUGAACCACAUCCCUGAUUUGGACGACAUUGACACGUACUCUCACCAUUAUUCUGGCCCUCGUAACCGUGUAGAGGACAUUGACUCGGACAAUCUUGACGAUGACCCAUCCCCUCCAAACGCUUUGACCACAUCUGAAUCUGCUGUACCUCCAUCUGCCUCCCCUACACCUGCCAGAGAAACUGCGCCGUCCCCGCCUUCUGUUCAUAAUGGGGAUGAGCACCCCUGA